AUGGCUAUCGAAUUUGUUCUUCUCGUAAACAAGCAAGGACAAACAAGGCUUGCUCAAUAUACCAAAUUCAAAACCAUCAAUGAGAGAACAGCAUUAGAAGGAGAAAUUGUGAGAAAAUGUCUGAGUAGGAAUGAAGAUCAAUGCUCGUUUAUUGAACAUAUGGGAUACAAACUAAUUUAUCGAAGAUAUGCAUCUCUAUUCUUUAUUGUCGGAGUGGAUAGUCAUGAGAAUGAGCUAGCUAUUUUGGAAUUUAUUCAUUGCCUAGUAGAGACUUUUGAUAAAUAUUUUGAAAAUGUGUGUGAAUUGGACGUCAUGUUUAACUUGGAAAAGGCACACUUCAUUGUUGAAGAAAUGGUUGCCAAUGGUUGCAUUGUAGAAACCAAUAGAACAAACAUUUUAGAAACUGUACAAAUGAUGGACAAACACACCCAACAAUAA